AUGGUGAUCGACAAAGGACUAAAUGAAGGGACUCUACCAGGAGGAUUAAAUUUACAACCCCAGCAGCCGUCAAAUAAACCCCGACAGGAAAACACCAGACAGCCGAAUGAGAAAGAAGAGAGUAAACAGCAACAGGAGCGGAUCUCUGAUCAUGCCGAGCCGGGAGAGGGAGGUAGGACAGGGGGGAGCAACCAAACGGAGGAUUAA